UGCGCUGAAAGCCUUGAGGAGUUUGGUGUGAUUCACCUGAAGCAAACGAACCCUAGUCGACAAGGAGCUAAGAUAAAAAAGAAAAAGCAACAUUUACCAGCGGGAGAGAUCUACUUGAGUGAAAGAAGAGCAGCAGUACUUCUAAACUCAUCUAAAUCUUAAUAAGGUGCUGGAGGAAGGGACACUGGCUGUAAGAUGAGUCUGAACAAAGAGAUGGAGGUGAAAGGAACUACAGCCUCUCCAAAACCCAGCUGUGUGUCUAUGAAGAGUAACAAAUCCUUACCUGAACCUCCUGAUUUCAGUGGAACAGUGACCUCUGACCCCAGAGUCCUUAGUGGAUCCAGUUCUGCUGGUUCUGCUCACUGUUACACACAAGCAGCCCUGCAGGAGGGGACUGGAGACCUGCAGAAACCAGUGGAUGAUAAACUACAGAUGGUCAAAGACUGGCUCAAAACCAGCAUGAAGAACAAGUAUGAGAGAUUAUUUGAAGGAAACAAAUUCCAAGAGAAUGAAACCCACCUGAACAGGAUCUACACACAGCUCUACAUCAUAGAUGGAGAGGGAAAAGGAGUGAAUGAGGAUUCUGAAGAACAUGAGGUUUUACAGAUAGAGAAAACAGCCAGAACACAACACUCACAAGACACUCCAAUCUACUGCAAUGACAUCUUUAAACCCUUACAUGAACCAGGAUGUGAGGAGAAAGACCAAAUCAAGACUGUACUUACUAAAGGCAUCGCUGGAAUCGGAAAAACCGUCUCUGUGCAGAAGUUCAUUCUGGACUGGGCUGAGGGAAAAGCCAAUCAGGAUGUAGACUUCAUGUUUGUGCUUCCAUUUAGAGAACUGAACUUGAUCCGAGAUCAUCAGUACAGUCUUCACAGACUUCUGCUGGACUUUCAUCCUGAACUUCAAGAUCUGGACUCAAAGAUUUAUGAGGAGUGUAAAGUUGUGUUCGUCUUUGAUGGUCUGGAUGAAAGCAGAAUCACACUGAUGUUUUCAGACGCUCAGAAAGUUUCUGAUGUGACUGAGACUUCAUCAGUGGGUGUGUUGAUGUCAAAUCUCAUGAAAGGAGAGCUGCUUCCCUCUUCUCUCAUCUGGAUCACCUCCAGACCAGCAGCAGCCAAUCAGAUCCCCUCCAAAUACAUCAACCGUCUGACAGAGAUUCAGGGAUUCAGUGAACCCCAGAAGGAGGAAUAUUUCAGGAAGAGAAUCAGUGAUGAGCAUCAAGCCAGCAGAAUCAUCUCACACAUCAGAAGAGCAAGAAGCCUCCACAUCAUGUGCCACAUACCCGUCUUCUGCUGGAUCUCAUCCACUGUGCUUCAAAAGCUCCUGAAAGAAGAUCUGAGUGCAGAAAUCCCUCAAACUCUGACUGAAAUGUACAUCCACUUCCUUCUGAUUCAGAUCAACAUGAGGAAUCAGAAGUAUGAAGAGAGAGAUCCAGAGAAACUCCUGCAGUCCAACAGAGAAGUGAUUGUGAAACUUGCUGAAGUGGCUUUCAAACAGCUGAUGAAGGGCAAUGUGAUGUUCUAUGAGGAGGACCUGAGAGAGAGCGGCAUAGACGUCACUGACGCCUCAGUGUAUUCUGGGAUUUGCACUGAGAUCUUUAAGGAGGAAUCUGUGAUUCAUCAGAGGAAAGUCUACAGCUUCAUUCAUCUGAGCGUUCAGGAGUUUCUCGCUGCUUUCCAUGUGUUUUACUGCUAUUUAUGCAGUGCUGUGGAGACACUAAAGGUUUUUGAUUCAAUGCAUAGUUUGCUUAGAGGAGCAGUAGAUAAAGCUCUUGAGAUUGAGAAUGGACAGCUAGAUCUGUUCCUGCGGUUCCUGCUGGGUGUCUCACUGGAGUCCAAUCAGAGACUCUUACAGGAUCUACUGACACACACAGAGAACAGCUCAGAGAGCAUCAGGAGAACCACACAGUACAUUAAAGAGAAGAUCAAAGAUGGACAUGGACUCUCCACUGAAAGAUCCAUCAAUCUGUUCCUCUGUCUGCUGGAAGUCAAAGAUCAGACUCUGUCCAGAGAGAUUCAGGAGUUUGUAAAAUCACAGGAGGAGAAACGCUCAGAGGAGAAACUCUCUCCUGCUCACUGCUCAACAAUCACCUACAUGGUUCAGAUGUCAGAGGAGGUGCUGGAUGAGCUGGACCUCAAGAAAUACAACACAUCAGAUGAGGGUAGAAGAAGACUGAUACCAGCCGUGAUCAACUGCAGAAAAGCCCUUUUUGCUGGCUGUGAUCUCACUGGUCAGUCCUGUAGAAUUGUGGCAUCAGCUCUACAAUCUGCAAACUGUGUCCUGAGAGAGCUGGAUCUGAGUAACAAUGACCUGCAAGAUUUAGGAGUGAAGCUGGUUGCUGAUGGAUUGAAGAGUCCAAACUGUCAGCUGGAGAUACUGAGGUUGUCUGGCUGUAUGGUGACAGAGGAAGGCUGUGGUUAUGUGUCUUCAGCUCUGAGUUUGAACCCCUCACACUUGAGAGAGCUGGAUCUGAGCUACAAUCACCCAGGAGAUUCAGGAGUCCAGCUGCUCAACGACAAACUGGAUGAUCCAAACUACAAACUGCAGAUACUCAAUUUGGAUCAUGGAGGGCCCUUCAGGAUCACACCAGGAUUUCAAAAAUAUUCCUGUGAUCUCACACUGGAUCCAAACACAGCACACACUCAACUCAUCCUGUCUGAGGGGAAUAGAAAGAUCAAAUAUGUGGAAGAGCAUCAGCCGUAUCCUGAUCAUCCAGAGAGAUUUGCUGAUAUUCCUCAGGUUCUGUGUCGAGAGAGUCUGACUGGACGCUGUUACUGGGAGGUUAAAUGGGGUUCCUGGGCUCGUAUAGCAGUGGCCUAUAAAAGAAUCAGCAGGAAAGAAGGGACUGUCUGUAAGUUUGGAUACAAUGACAAAUCCUGGUGUCUUUUCUGCAAUGAUGAGGGAUUCACUAUCUGGCACAAUAAUAUGAGCAUUAGCAUACCAACCCAUUUAACAAAAUCUAAGAGAGUAGGAGUGUAUGUGGACGUGUCGGCCGGCACUCUGUCCUUCUACAGCGUCUCUGACACUCACACACUCACACACUUACACACAAUCAACGCCACAUUCACUGAACCCCUCUAUGCUGGAUUUAAGGUUUUUAAGUCCGAGCUGUCUUUGUGUCAGACACAACAAACACACAACUGACAACACUUUCUACCUCCAUCUUAAUCUUGGUCAUAUUCCUAAUGAAUGAGACAUGAAUAAGUAAAAUGAUAUUCAGUCAUAAAAGAACAAAUGCGCAUGUAAAGACAAACAUAACAUUGAGUCAUACUGUAGAUGUGUAAUAAUGGACAUGUUGAGUCACAUUAUAGGCCAACUCACAUUAGCAGUUUUAGGGUUCAUCUAUUGAGGACUCACUUGUUGAUUUUCAUGAAUGUUGGAAAGCGCAGAUUUUACAAUCUGUGCCCAGUUGCAUAAAGCACCUUAUGGUUUUCCCUUAAGUAUGAGACUUAUGGCGUGAUUUCUCCUUACCUAAGGGAAUGACUUAAGGGUUUUGCAUAUAAUCCCUUAAACGUUUCUCUUAGGUAAAGGAAACUACUAAGUGUUUCACAACAGUGACCCAGGGUUUGCCAUUAUUAAAUUCUACUGUUGGACACAUUAUUUGUUAAUACUGAAAGUGGUAACAGCCGUUUUACACCACGAGCUUGAGAAGCAUGUCAGCUUCACGUCAGCGUAACUACAUCACCGCUGCAGACGCGCGAAUAUUCACACUGGAAGCAUUUGUACAGCGUCACAGCAGCUGCUCCAAGCUACAUAUAAAGUGAGCAUUUCUUUACAAAGAAAACUAUAAAUUUGUUUUUAUAAGUUGGUCAUUUAUAAUCUUGAUAGUCUUGAAAGUUUGUUAACAUGUGUACAACAUUCGCAUGUAAACGGUAAAAAACAAACAAAAAAGUCCUGUUUCAUAUUGCUGCACACAAAUGAGUUAAACUUUGUUUACAUCAUCUGCCGCAUGCACAAGUUUAAAUGGGUCAAUCCUCUAUAAAUAUUCCAUACUCUAACAUACUCCAGUUCUUGUUAAAACACACUAGACAUGUUUAUUCUGAGCAUUUUGAGCACUUUUUGUGUGAAAUCAUGUAUUUUGUCCAUACAAAGUGUGCUUUCACUUUAAUUUCACUUUUCACUUGAGCGUCAGCAGCACAGCAAAAAUAGACUCGCGCCGAAACCCCCGCUUCACUGCUGCUCACGCGACGCUCCUGCUUGACGCUGACGCGCUACUCCUGCUCCCGGUGUGAAUGCCCUCAUUGGUUAACAUGCACACUUGCAGUGUGAAAUGGCCAUAAGUUUUCACUGAUCAAUGUUUAAAUGCGAGUAAAAGCCUAAAUUAAAUCUGUUCAUCAUAUAAAGCGAUCAAGUCUCUUCAGAAAAUUUGGACUUAACCACUUAAUUCAUAUGGAUUAGUUUUAUGAUCUCUUGAUGAACUUUUUGAAGCCUCAGAGUGGUAGUUGCGUAACUGUCUAUGGAGGGACAGAAAGUGCUCGGAUUUCAUUAAAAAGAUCUUCAUUUGUGUUCUGAAGAUGAACGAAAGUUUAGAAUGACACGAGGGUGAGUAAUUAAUAACAGAAUUUUCUUUUUUGGGUGAACCCUAACCCUAACCUUUUAAGGGUUAUUUUCUGCAACACCCUCAUGUUUAAGGGAAACCUAAAGGCAAUCUUAAGGGAAAUUACACUUAAGGUGCUUUAUGCAACCAGGCACUGGUCCAUAAGCAUCUGCAAAGUUAAACUGUAUAGAACUCAAGCCUUUCUGGGUUCUUUUUGUUUCUGGUUUUAUGUAUUUUACAUAAUUCAGGUUUUUGUGGUUAUUCAGCACAUCCAUAUCAUUGUAUUUUUCAUGUAAUUUAGAAGUUUUAGAUUUUCAGCUAAUUUUCCUUUAUAUAAAACUCUUAAGUGUAAGAAUUAAAGGGUAAAUAUUCUUGGGUGUCUUGUGAUGUGUGCUACAAGUAUUCACUGUUGAUCCCUGUUUAUGAAAUCAGAAAAAAGGUCAGCAGUCAAGAUGAACCGGUUCCUCCAGAUGUUUAUCUUCAGUGUGUUUACUGUAAAUCUGAUCAGUGUUCCGUAUCUGUUCACACCAGAACUGUAACCACCAUAAACAUUGAAGAGAACACAACAGUGAAUAAUUAGAAAUUAGCAAUUUUAUCUGCAGUGUUUUAAUGCAUGCUCUGCUGUAGUCUAUAAUGCACUGUUCUUUUUAGUGUUUUGGUGUGACAAAACCCUUUAAAUAUUUAGCAUGGUCUGGUCUCAGCUCUCGUCAAUGUCAAAAUAACUCAGAUGACCAAUCAAAUCAAAGGACGCCUUGGGUUUUACUGUUCACAAAAGUUGAGUGGGAAUUCUGUUUUAAAGGUUCAAGGACUGUGAGAAAAUAUAGGUAAAUAAACAUUUUAUGUUUUACAA